AUGGAUAAGGCCGCCGCCCCAGUCAAGCUUGCUAAGGUCACCGACGUUCUCGGCCGAACUGGUUCCCAAGGUCAGUGUACCCAGGUCAAGGUCGAGUUCCUCGAUGACACCAAGCGAUCCAUCAUCCGAAACGUCAAAGGACCCGUCCGUGAGGGGGACAUCCUCACCCUUCUCGAAUCCGAAAGAGAAGCCCGACGACUCCGAUAA